AUGUAUUACUGUGGUGGAUACUAUGGAGGCCUGGGUUAUGGCUAUGGUGGCCUAGGCUAUGGCUAUGGUGGUUAUGGUGGCUAUGGUGGCUAUGGUUAUGGCUGCUGUCGCCCACUGUGCUACAGAAGGUACUGGUCCUAUGGUUUCUACUGA